UCACGAAGUCGAUCGAAGCCUGACAUUUUAACAUGAACGUCAUAAUAAAGCGCCUCGAAAUGCUUGUUGCUAUGGGUACGAGGCUCUUGUUUACGGACUUCUUUUUUCUUUUCUUUUUUUAAAACUUUUUUAGUGUGUUUUUUCUUUUCAGCCAUGGACUCAAAAAUGCACCUAGAAAUUGUUGGCUUAAUUAAAGACCGUAACUUCCAUGUUGCCAAAAGUAUUGCCGAAGGACUAAAACAAAAGUUUCCUGAGGCAUUUCUGGAUCCAAAAAUUCAACCACUACUCGAAUUCGACUGGGAGACAUAUCUGUGCAACAAGAAAAGGGAGCUGCGUGGUGAAGUGUGGCAGUACUCCAGCAGCCUGAUGUGCUUUCUGAACGGCCUUCUCCUCGGUAAUGAGAAGGAUCUUGCCAGCUGGGCCAAGAAUCAGUGGAGUUUCACUUUCACUCGGCCGCAGGCUUUCUAUAUGGCUCUCACUGAGGACUACUACACUAAACACCUCCAGAAAACUGGGCAUCAGUUUGUCUUCAUGGACAUAGAGAUAGCAGGAGAGGCCGCGGGGAGGUUAUUGUUUGAGCUGUUCUCCGAUGUUUGUCCAAAAACAUCAAAGAACUUUGAGGCUCUGUGCACAGGAGAGCGAGGUCUGUCGCAGAGCGGCCUCCCACUUUGCUACAAGGGCUCUGUGUUUCAUCGUGUGGUGCCCAACGGCUGGGUUCAAGGUGGAGCAGAUAUUUCUCCAGAAAGGAAAGGUAAUGCAGGGGAGUCAAUCUACGGAGCAACUUUUGAAGAUGAGAGCUUUGCCGUGUCCCACACUAAACGGGGCACUCUAGGAAUGGCCAAUAAGGGUCCACACAGCAAUGGAUCCCAGUUCUACAUCACCCUGCAGCCAACACCCUGGAUGGACAGGACCUACGUUGCCUUUGGUCAAGUGGUUGAGGGUGUCGACGUCCUCAGGAGAUUAGAAGGGGCUCCGACUUGCAAUGAACGACCCAAGUAUGAAUGUAAAGUUACAGAUUGUGGAGUGUUUAAGUUUUAGCACCUACACAUUCAUUAUUGAUGUCUUAUUUAAUCUUCCCAAUGUUUGUCAUGUAGUAAAAUUUUGCUUUUCCACAAAACUGUUGUAUUUAUUUGUAAUUUGAAAUUUUGUGUUUAUACUUUGCAUGACUCAGAUAAAAUACGUUUAGUGUCCUUGUCAACUAUCAUUUCAUCAUUCUUAAGGGGUUCCACAUCAAUUAAUAUGUGUAUGAGAGAGAGAUAAGAAAGAGAAAGUUACAUUUAAUGUGUUUAUCCACAAAAUACUUACAGGUAGAACCAGCAAUAUGUCAUUCUGUAUUGAGUAUACAUGCAGCAGCCCAGCGUAAACCUGUGCAGGUGCUGAAAUGCAAACACAACGCUGAAAAUAAAGUGGGACGAACUGACAA